UCUGGCAGCACACGAGACUGCCAGGGGAACAGGUGUGUAAAGGACACUAUUUUAUUACUUACCUGCCGCAGGUGACUAUGGUAGAAGUCUAACAAACUAACUGACGAACUGAAGCGAAACAAGUCACAGGUGAUAAAAUGAAUAACCCAAUCCCGUCCAACAUGAAGUCCGAGGCGAAGAAAGCUGCCAAGAUCCUCAGAGAGUUUACUGAGAUCUCCAACCGCACUGGGCCUGACAAACUCAUCCCAGCAAAUAUAUUAGCCAAAUGUCAGGGCCUGGCCAUCAUCACAGUCAUCAAGGCAGGUUUCAUGAUCACAGCUCGAGGCGGCAGCGGUAUAGUCAUCGCUAGACUGGCUGACGGACGUUGGUCUGCUCCCUCUGCCAUUGGUAUAGCUGGUCUGGGCGGUGGCUUUGAGAUUGGAGUUGAGGUAUCAGACCUGGUGGUGAUUCUGAUGCAGCGCAGGGCGGUGGAUUCUUUCUCUAAAGGAGGGAACCUCACUCUGGGGGGCAACUGUACUGUGGCGGUAGGACCGAUGGGGAGGAACGUGGAGGCUGAUGUAGCGCUACGUAGCACAGCAGCAGUGUUUACCUACUGUAAGUCCAGAGGGCUGUUUGCUGGAGUCUCUCUGGAGGGAUCCUGCCUCAUAGAACGCAAAGACACCAACCGCAAGUUCUACUCCCAGGACAUCCGUGCGUCGGCCAUAUUGAAUGGAGAUGUAGAACCUCCCCCAGAAGCUGAUGACCUGUACUGUGUCCUGGAGAGCUACACAGAAAAAUACACUACUGAGUGGGCAGCCAAACACCUAGCACAGAAGGCCAGUGGUCCUCCAGCUAGACCCCGAGCUCCUGCCACACAGAGACCUGCUAGCACUUACAGGACGGAGGCAGUGAAGCCCUCCCUCUAUCCAAGCGUCUCUGCUUUCAAAUCUGGCAGCACAGAAUCCUAUAAGAGAAGUCCAAGUAGCACAAGGACAGUCCAAAACGAUUACGGUGGGGUCGGGCCGUGGGACGCGGGGCCUGUAGUCGUCACGGCGGUACACCCGUUCACAGGGCAACAGCCUGGCGACCUGAGCUUCAACCCUGGCGACCGCAUCACUGUGGUUACCAAGACAGAGUCACAGUAUGACUGGUGGGAGGGAACGCUGAACGGACGGACCGGAAUCUUCCCCGCUAACUUCGUCUCCUACCCCUGAACACACACACACACAGGUCUGUCACACACACACACUCUCACACAGGUCUGUCACACACACACACACACACACACACACACACACACAGGUCUGUCACACACAUGGACACUUGUAUUACUGGCAGUAAUGUUUUCAACACACUACAUGGACACAUGAUGUCCUACACUCUCUAACACGAACACUCUCCACAAUGUUCAAGACUCACACUAACUGACUCUGAUUACUACAGUUCAGGGGAAGGUCUUCCUAUAGGACGGUAUGGGUAGUCACGCUGUCUUCCUAUAGGACGGUAUGGGUAGUCACGCUGUCUUCCUAUAGGACGGUAUGGGUAGUCACGCUGUCUUCCUAUAGGACGGUAUGGGUAGUCACGCUGUCUUCCUAUAGGACGGUAUGGGUAGUCACGCUGUCUUCCUAUAGGACGGUAUGGGUAGUCACGCUGUCUUCCUAUAGGACAUUUACAUUACAUUACAUUACAUUUAAGUCAUUUAGCAGACGCUCUUAUCCAGAGCGACUUACAACGGUAUGGGUAGUCACGCUGUCUUCCUAUAGGACGGUAUGGGUAGUCACGCUGUCUUCCUAUAGGACGGUAUGGGUAGUCACGCUGUCUUCCUAUAGGACGGUAUGGGUAGUCACGCUGUCUUCCUAUAGGACGGUAUGGGUAGUCACGCUGUCUUCCUAUAGGACGGUAUGGGUAGUCACGCUGUCUUCCUAUAGGACGGUAUGGGUAGUCACGCUGUCUUCCUAUAGGACGGUAUGGGUAGUCACGCUGUCUUCCUAUAGGACGGUAUGGGUAGCCACGCUGUCUUCCUAUAGGACGGUAUGGGUAGCCACGCUGUCUUCCUAUAGGACCGUUCCUACCUGAACUUUACUCUUUGGCUCGCUAUAGUCCAGUUCACUAAGGUCAGCCUGCUUUUGAAACCGUUCAGAACAGGGAGGGACCUACCUGAAUUUGUCCAAUAGAAACUCUUGUUUUCAUUGCAAAAAAAAAAAAUUUCUACAGUGUUUUGAUUAAUGAAUACACCCCCAGAUGUUACCAGCCAGCUCUGAUCACUUCUAGAGACCCGAACCACACUGGAAAGGGUGAUGUAGAAAGACUAUAUCCGAGCCAGUGCAGUGCAGUUUGGGUCGGCAAGAUGGUGUGAAUGAGGUACCAGUUUUAGAGCAUUGAACAGAGGAAAGCUAAAGAACGGUGCUGUUAUCACCGACGCUGCUACUCUGUUACACUGUUAUAUUCUCACUCGCUAUUUUAUAUGCUCUACGUCAAGUCACAAAUUGGUUUGACAAGGGUGUUUGACAUAUAUUACAAUGAAGUCGAUAGAUUAUUAUUAUUAUAGAUUAUUUUAUUUUUUUGUUUCUAUAAAAUGCAUUAUAGAUCAUCUGCCUGUGGGUUAUUUUAUGUUCUGAAGUUUCUGGGAUUAUGUGCAGUAUUUUUCUCCAUACUACCGUUUUUGUAUGAUCAAAAGUAUUUAAUAUAAAAUCUGUUUUAUCUUAACAUCUGUAUGUAAUGAUAGUUUGUACGGAUUUCUCUCUGAAUGUGUGUGUGGAUAUGUAUUAAAGAACCUUGUCUGUAA